CUCUAGAAGCCCACGGAUCACAUAGUGUUGGAAUUCUGAGGAACAGACUGUGCAAAAGAGAAUGAAUCUUUGCCUUUGAUUUCUAAACACCAUGAACACUCUCAACUGCAGAUGAACUGAAGCACAACUAUGGUCACACUUUUGAGAGGAAUCGCUGGACUACAGGCAUGUGACAGCCGCUAAGGUGGAGGUGGCUGGGUGAAAGAUGACUUUACUGGCAGGGGAUGGUUCUGAUUACGACUACAGUGCUCUAAGUUGCACCUCUGACACCUCUCUGAACCCUCCACCAAUCCAGGAACAAGAGGCCCUAAAGGGCGUCUAUUAUAAACGUGCACAACGACUCCCUGUAACUAACCCCAACACUGGCACUGAUGCAGCUCAUCCUGACGGCAACCUGCUGUCAAGCGCCCAGCGGCUGCAUGUCAUCAUCAACGUUGGCGGCCUCCGGUACCAGCUUCCCUGGACCACUCUGGAGGACUUUCCUCUCUCACGGCUGGGCCAGUUGCGCCUAUGCAGCAACUUUGACGAGAUCAUGCGGGUAUGCGACGACUACGACGUCAUCCACAAUGAAUUCUUCUUUGAUCGCAGUCCCUGUGCCUUUCGGACCAUCCUUACCUUCCUGCGUGCUGGGAAACUGCGUUCUCUCCGUGAAAUGUGCGCCCUGUCGUUUCAAGAAGAGCUGCUUUACUGGGGUGUUCCGGAAGAAAGCUUGGAAUGGUGUUGCCGUCGACGCCUCCUGCAGCGUGUGGAGGAGUGUGAUGAGCUAGAGCGGGAAGCAGAAGAGGAUGAGGAGGAAGGGGAUGACAGUGAAACUGGCUUGGCCAGGGAGUCCCGGCUAGGCCGCUGUAUGGGAAAACUAAGAGACAUGGUGGAGAAGCCUCACUCUGGCCUGCCAGGAAAGAUCUUCGCCUGCCUAUCAGUCCUGUUUGUCACUAUAACAGCUAUCAACCUAUCCAUAAGCACCAUGCCUGCUAUGAGAGAGGAAGAGGAGACUGGCAAAUGCUCUCAGAUGUGCUACAACAUAUUCAUAGUUGAGACAGUGUGUGUGGCCUGGUUCUCUCUGGAGUUCACUCUGCGCUUCAUCCAAGACCGCAGCAAACUGGCCUUCCUUCGGCAACCCCUCAACAUGAUCGAUGUCAUCGCCAUUCUGCCCUACUACAUCACACUAGUGGUGGACAGCACCUCCACGGGGGAGAAACGUCUGGGCUCGGGAAGCAGUUACCUGGACAAAGUGGGCCUCGUGCUGCGCGUACUGCGUGCGCUGCGCAUCCUGUACGUGAUGCGCCUCGCGCGGCAUUCUCUCGGACUCCAGACACUUGGUUUGACCGCGCGCAGGUGCACGCGCGAGUUCGGCUUGCUCCUUCUCUUCCUUUGCGUUGCUAUAGCGCUUUUCUCGCCGCUGCUCUACCUGAUUGAGAACGAGGCUGCGGUCACGCAAGAGUUCAGUAGCAUACCUGCAACGUAUUGGUGGGCUGUUAUCACCAUGACAACUGUCGGUUACGGCGACAUGGUGCCACGCAGCAUCCCCGGACAGAUGGUCGCGCUCAGCAGCAUCCUCAGCGGGAUUUUACUCAUGGCGUUUCCCGUCACCUCCAUCUUCCACACAUUCUCACGGUCCUACGUGGAGCUCAAACAGGAGCAGCAGCGACUGCUGCAGCGGAGAACUCACUUUCUACUGCGCAGCCGCAUUGCGGGUCUCGGCAGCAACCUGUCGUUGGAGAGUGACGUGCUUUUCCCAAGCGUCUCGUCCGACAGCAGAAACCGAGAGGAAUAAUAAAGUAACAGUGUGUUGUUCACAAAACUAUGAUCCAAAUCCACGGAGAACGCAAAUGGACACGGAAUAAUAAGCAGCUGUUUUGAUCUCUUGAAUGUUUGUUGACAUAUUGUCCGUCAAAUGUCCAUUUAAAAGAUUUUUAAUGCUCAAUUUCUCUCCUGGUGAUCUACCUCCCAGCAGAGUAUGACAGGCCCUUCAUUUAUUCAUGUGCAGGAUAAAAUGCUUAUUCUUGAUAACAAGAGCGAAGAUUUGUCUUGAACAUUGAUGGCUGCAGUGUGAAGCAUUUACCUAUGUUUCCAUUGAUCAUAGU